AUGUUACAAACGUGGUUAUUAUCUGCUGUAUAUGCGACAUUGGAUCAUAUUCCGCCAUUCGUAUGGGAUGUAUUACAUGUGAUAUCAGACAUUAUAUUAUUCUGGACACACAAAUUGAUUAAUUAUGUGAGACCGCAUUCUAGAGUCGUUUAUUAUGAAGCCAUUAAAGAACUAGAUGAUUGUCCAUCUUACUACUCGUGGUUUACCAGUGCUAGUAUGGUUGAUGAGAUUACUGGAGCUAAUUUAUGGAGACGGAAUUUUUUUUCAAGAAGGUAUGAUUUUAAUUCUGUCUUGGAACAAUAUUCAAUAUUGAUUAAGGCAUUGGAUAAUAAUGAUUUAGAAUUAAUUAAGGAGAAAUUUUCAACGACGGGUCCAUGUAUGUUGAGGAAUUUUGCUGGAAUUGUAGAUAAGAAAUUGUUUACAAAGUCAUUGAUGGGGACGAAAUUAUUAAUUGAACAAUAUUUGGAGAAGACUAUCGAUGGAUUAGAGUUGUUAGAUGAAGCUAUGGUCCCUACGGCAUUUUUCCAAAGAUGUAAAUUAUCAUUGGGGACCACAGCAUUGAUAUUACAAGGUGGCUCAUUAUUUGGACUUUUCCAUUUAGGUGUUAUCAAAGGUUUAUUGUUACAAGAUUUAAUGCCAAAUAUCAUAAGCGGUAGUUCUAUGGGUGCAUGUGUUGCUGCUGUUUUCGGUUGUAUGCCUAAUGAAGAAUUGGAAGAAUUAUUCUCUGAUGAUUAUAUUUUAAACAUUAUUAAAGACGAUUUUGAAUUAUUGAAAAGUUGUGGGUAUGGUAAUUUGGAACAACAUUUGAAUUUAGGCACACUGAUUCAAAAUUUAAUUCAUCAUGGCUAUUCACAAGAUGUUUAUCUUUUCAUUCAAUUUGUUUUGAAAUAUAUUAUUAAAGAUAUAACAUUUGAAGAAGCAUAUCAAUUGACUGGGAAAGUAUUCAAUAUAGUUAUUCAUCCCACUGAUAAAUCUUGUCCCAAUUUAUUAAAUUAUGUGACUACACCAAAUAUUCUUAUAAGAUCUGCUAUUAAUUGCAGCCUUGGGUCCGGCGUUAUAUCAGAAGGUACCAAAUUAUUAUGCAAGAAUCUAGAUAAUGAAAUUGAAUCAUUUUUGACAGAGGAGAAAAAUAAGACUAAUCAAUUUUUAACUCCAGAGAAUGCAGUGAAUAGUAAUGAAACUGAGAGUCCAUAUACAAGAUUGACUGAAUUAUUUAAUGUGAACAAUUUUAUUGUCUCCUUGGCAAGGCCAUACUUGGCUCCCCUAGUGGUAAAUGACUUGAAACAUGAGAUUAAGACUUCGAAAUACUAUUAUUACAAACAUUAUCCCGAGACAGCUAAUAAUAUUAAUUUACCAGAAUUAGGUAUUCCCCAAUUAAAUUUCACCGAGAUGGAACCGCUGGCAUUUAAAUUUAAAUAUCAUUUGGAAAGGAAAUUGAAAAAUAUCACGACGUUAGAAUUUCAUCAUAGAAUGCAAGUAUUAGAUAAUUUAGGCUUACUAAGUUCCUGGAUCAAAAGAUUAAUCAUUGAUGAAAAGACACCAAGAUCUGCAAUCGAAAUUGCUAUCGUGCCACGAAUGAAGAAUCUCUCGAUAACAAGAAUCAUUGAAGGUCAAUUGAAUAAUAUACCAUAUUGGAUUAAAUGUGGUGAACAAAGUACGUGGCCUGUUUUAUCGUUAAUAAAGACAAGAUGUGCUGUGGAAUUUAAGCUUGACGAGAUAAUCAGAGUUAGAAGGAAUAAGUAA